GCGGCGGGGACGCGCUGGCACGCGGGUGCAGGUCCCCGCCGUCGCCCACAGGUACUGGUGUGAGGAAGCGGGAGGCCGGUAAUCGCGAGCACCUGGGUCACGCGGCUGGGGAUGGUGUCGCCGCGGGGUCACGGUCAGGGAUACAGGAGAGCGGGUCUGUCCGGGAGCCCCGCUGCUGAGCCAUGCCGGGCCCCCACGGGCCUGCUGCAAGUCCAGCCCAGGGAGGCAGGUGGCCAUGAGUAGCCGGAGCCACAAUGGCAGUGUGGGGCAGCCUCUGGGCAGCAGGCAUGGAUUCCUGGGCUGGGAGCCUGUGGACCCUGAGGCAGGCCGCCCCCAACAGCCGGGUGCCCAAGGCCCAGGCCUGCAGAUGGUGGCCAAGGGCCAGCCUGCUCUGUUGUCACCUGGUGGCCUUAGGGGCCAUCCCCAGGAGCAGGAGGAAGAGGCAGAAGAGGCCUGGCUGGGUUCCAGGAAGCCCUCAACGGUCAGCCACCGCCUGGGCCAUCGCAGGGCUCUCUUCGAGAAGCGCAAACGUCUCAGUGACUAUGCUCUCAUCUUUGGCAUGUUUGGGAUUGUCGUCAUGGUAACAGAAACAGAGCUGUCCUGGGGUGUGUACACCAAGGAGUCACUGUGCUCUUUCGCCCUGAAAUGCCUGAUCAGCCUGUCCACGCUCAUCCUGCUUGGCCUUGUUGUCCUCUACCACGCCCGCGAGAUCCAGCUGUUCCUGGUGGACAAUGGUGCCGAUGACUGGCGUAUUGCCAUGACGUGGGAACGUGUGUCCCUGAUCUCGCUGGAGCUAGCCGUGUGUGCCAUCCACCCCGUGCCCGGCCACUACCACUUCACGUGGACAGCGCGGCUGGCCUUCUCGCUGGUGCCGUCAGCGGCCGAGGCGGACCUGGACGUGCUUCUCUCCAUCCCCAUGUUCCUGCGCCUCUACCUGCUGGCUCGGGUCAUGCUCUUACACAGUCGGAUCUUCACGGACGCCUCCAGCCGCAGCAUCGGGGCCCUCAACCGUGUCACCUUCAACACGCGGUUCGUCACCAAGACCCUCAUGACCAUCUGCCCGGGCACCGCGCUGCUGGUCUUCAGCAUCUCCUCCUGGGUUGUCGCAGCCUGGACAGUGCGCGUGUGUGAGAGGUACCAUGACAAGCAGGAAGUGACCAGCAACUUCCUGGGCGCCAUGUGGCUCAUCUCUAUCACCUUCCUGUCCAUCGGCUAUGGAGACAUGGUGCCGCACACCUACUGUGGGAAGGGCGUGUGUCUGCUCACGGGCAUCAUGGGAGCGGGCUGCACUGCACUCGUGGUGGCCGUCGUGGCCAGGAAGUUGGAGCUCACCAAGGCUGAGAAACACGUCCACAACUUCAUGAUGGACACGCAGCUCACCAAGCGGGUCAAAAAUGCUGCUGCAAACGUUCUCAGGGAGACUUGGCUCAUCUACAAACACAGCAGGCUAGUGAAGAAGCCAGACCAAGGCCGGGUUCGGAAACACCAGCGUAAGUUCCUCCAAGCCAUCCAUCAGGCUCAGAAGCUGCGCAGUGUGAAGAUUGAGCAAGGGAAGGUGAAUGAUCAAGCCAACACACUGGCUGACCUUGCCAAGGCACAGAGCAUCGCGUGUGAAGUGGUGUCCGAGCUGCAGGUCCAGCAAGAGGAGCUGGAGGCACGCCUAGCCGCCCUGGAGAGUCGCCUGGACACCCUGGGUGCCUCCCUGCAGGCCCUGCCAGGCCUCAUCGCCCAAGCCAUAUGUCCUCUGCCACCAUCCUGGUCAGGGCCUGGUCACCCAGCCCCUGCCAACCAGAACCCACCGGGCCACCGGCUGCCCACUGUGGGGUCGGACUGCAGGUGACUGCCUGUUGGUCACCAGACUGCUAAAUCUUGGCCAUCGUGUGGUCAUGGCUAGCUCCUUGCCAUUCUGGACUGCCGGACCUCUGGACUCGCAAACCUGGGAAGAGUCGAGCUGAGAAAAACUGGCAUUCAUUCCCCUGAGGCUGGACCGUGGGAUCUUGCUGGCCACCUUGGCUGUCCUAAGCCCCAGGAGGGCAGGCAGUAGCAGCAGGGGCCCCUGCCAUUUCUAAGUGAAUCAGGAGCCAUCAACCCAUUUUCGGUUUAUGUGGCAGGGAGGACCUUGAGCAUCUCACUAGAGGAGGUGGAUGCCCUAGCCUAGGGAUCCUGAAUGGUGGGUCACUGCACAUGUGCUGAAUCCCUGGUACACACAAUGCCCUUCCUUCAGGGUCUGACUGGAGUAAUACACAGGCUCAGAGUGGUGAGGGGUGAGGCCACUUGCCUGCAGCCAUACAGGUCCUGAGGUCAGAGCGAGGACAUGGGGGACCAGACUUGGAGGUGGUGGCAGGCUGGGGUUACAAGCAAUCAGAAUGGUAGGGUCCCUCCAAGCCCUGGGUUCCAGGACUCUCACUCGGGGACUACUGGGAUUUCUGACAGGGAUAAGUGGCCAGUCAGGACCAACAGGAGCCACUGAUAAGGCGUCAACCACCUGGUCUUGGGAGAUAGUGGACCUGUAGCUGGCUUCCUGGAGGUCCAGCUUGGUCUCCAUAACAAGAAAUUUGUAGGGAGGAUCUGUUGGGUGGAACUGGGCUCCAGUCCCCGCUGCAGAGGGGCAUAGCAGGUGUCUAUUAGGGAGAGGCAGGCCUAACCCAUCCCUACACAUGGCCAGAGGGUAGGUGCUCAGUAAAUGCUCCCUCCAGAGACUGCCCAUGAGGGCCUAGGGAGCAAGGUAUCAUCCUGUCCCGUCAGGCAAACAAGCGGGAGAAAUAAACGAGGCGGGGUAUGGUUGCAUGCCUUUGAUCCCAACACUUGGGGUGCAGAGGAUCUCUGAGUUUCCUAGCUACACGGUGAGAACUGGGGAAGGGGACAAAAAAAAUAAACACGGCUGGAGGUGA